GCCCUCUGCCCCUGAGCCCCAUGCUGCAGCUCCUGUGGGGCCUGGGCACGGCCAUCCAGCGUCACCUCCGCGGCUUAGAGCAGGAGGCCGAGGCCCAGAGAUACACCAUCAUGCAACUUCAGAGAGAGAAGGAGUGGAUACUGCGAAGACAGAAGGAUCAGCUUCAGUUGGAGCCCCCAGAGACGCCGGAAGUCCAGCAAGCCCGGGUGAGUCAGGAGCACACCAGCCUGAGACACGGCCAACCCCCUGGACUAGGACAUCAGCCACCGGGUUCUCCCCAGCCGGAGCUGCUGUGGGCUUUGCAGAGGAACCUGGGCCACUGGAGGGAGGAGAUGGCCGGACAGAUGACCCGGCCCCUCCAGGAGGACCUGGCUGUAGAACUGGAGAGGCGCCUCCCCAGGGACCAGUUCGGACAUGCCCAUCUAAAUCUGGAGCAGCUGGAGUUGAACCCAGGACUGUGGGCCAUGAGGCGCUUCGGCCCCGACUUGCCUCUCACGCCCUACUUCCUGAUGAGCAGCCCCUGGCACCACAACUGGCCCCUGAGGGCAGAGCCAUGGGCUUUCUUCUCGGGGGCAGCGGCCCAGGCCAUAAGCCUGCAGCCAGAGGCUAGAGCCAAUGACCAGCCCCUGGCCCCGGGCCCGCCCCCUCAAGGCCGUGGCGGCUGCCUGUCCCACGUACCCCGGAGGCCCUGGCUCAGCCCCUCCUCCAGGGAGCGGGUCCAGCGAGCCUCUGCUGCCGUCAGGGGCUUUCACCUGUAAAUGACACCAUACGGCCAGUGUGCCCACCCCCCCAUUCCCCCAUCCCCCUUUUCCCUCCUCUCCCUCCACACACCCCAGGCCAGCCUGCUCCCGCUGCCAGGAAAGGCCAAAGAAGGUUAUUAGGCAUCUCCGCUUUACCUGCCCAAGCAGGUGGGGUGGGCAUGGUGAGCUACCCCCUGGCUCGCAGGCAGAGCCUUGAGCCAAGUACAGCCCAUGUCCUUCCCCUUAAAGAGGUCCAGACUGAAACAGGGCCAAUGUCACCAUCAUCCACCCACUCACCUACUCCCUGCUUCCCAUCCAUUGUAACCUCAGUUCACCAUGUGUCAGAGGGGCCACUGCUUGCCAAGUUAAGAGGAGUCCAGCCCUCAAAAAAAUGCCAUAUCCACCAUGACUGGAGCAGCCCAGCUGCCCUUAACAUGGUGACGGAGGCCACUGCCUGUCUGCCAUUUCACUGUGGCAUUUGUUCCAGGCCCACGGGGCUACCUGUUCAAUGAAAGUAGAUGUUUACCUUUGAAAGAUGGCUUGGGUUGUUUUUCAUGAGGGAGCAGAGAGCCAGAUCAGUCCCAGUUAAGGAAGCCAUCUCGGACCAGAGGGAAAGGAAGAGGAGGGAAAUCUCAGUCCCUCUGAAUGGUAAAAACACCCAGCUGCCAUUUGAGACAAGCACAGAGUUCCUGUACAACCAACUUGGGAAGCCAAGCCUCAGCCCAGCCCCCUCUCCUCAUCCCAGAUGAACAACAGGCCAUUCUCUGGAUCUGUGAGGUAAAUCCCCCAGGGCCCUGCAGAUAUCCUGCCUGGGCCACCAUGGAUGGACAUAGUCUGUCAGCUGGUAGCCGUGGGCACUAAACCAAUCUCACUCCACUUGGGCACAUCUUGAAACACCAAACUUUCCCAGUUGACUUGAGGUAGUGUUCCCUCAGGAAGCAGUAUGGCCCAGUACAGAAACCACAAGCCUGAGGUGUAGGGGACCUGGGUUCUAAUCCCAGCUCCGCCACUUGGCUCUACCAACUGUUCAUACCAUAUUCACCCAAGUGUACUCAAUAAAGUUGAUUGAUUGCCAUUUGA